AUGGAAUCGGAUCCGCCUGACAAUGAUCCGAUGAACCUGAAUUCUCCGGACUUUGAUUCAGAAGCUUUUGUUAGUCAUUUAAUCAGGAAGAAAGGAUUGGAUGAACUCGUUGCAGUUGAAGAGAACAUGGUUCAAAAUGUUCGUCGAUUGGACAAUGAAAUGCAGCAUCUGGUCUACGAGAAUUACAACAAGUUCUUGACGGCCACAAGCACGGUUAGAAAGAUGCAGACUGAGUUUGGGAAGAUGGAUGAGGUGAGGGUUUGAUUUUUGUUUUUUAUUUAGGACGAAAAAUGGUUUAAAGAUGUGAUGGUUAAUAUCGAAACAACAGAUUUUUGAAAAUGGCUUUGGGAAAUAGUUUAAAUUGCUAUUUAUAUAGUUUUUGGGGUUAAUUUGAAAACUUAAAUCUAUUUUUUAAAGUUCAACAGAUUAUUUUUAUAUAAUUUACAACUAUUUAUGUUUGAAUAACGUAGAUAUUAUAAAGAAUUCUAUGUAUUUGUCAAUUCUUGUUAAACCACAACCUUAACCUUUAUGAAACUUUAUUAAAGUCUACUCUACCUUUUUUGUAGGAAAUGCGGACAGUAUCGGAUAAAAUGGCAAGGAUAUCAGCAUUAUCAGGUCAGCUAUCAGGGAUUUUUCGUGAGAAACGAGAAAACGUUCGUAAACUAACGGAUGCGUCAAAAACGGUUAAAUCCUUGAAUUAUGUUGUUAAUCUGCCUAAAAAGUUACAGGUGAGAGAUGAAUAAACGUAAUUUAUGUAUUGUUUUGUUUUGUGUGGCUAACAUUCGGUUUUGGUGUAUAAUAACUUGUUUGAUGUUGGUGUUUUUGGAAUUUUGUUUCUUUUUCUGUUGGUUUUAAGUAAUACGUUUCAUUAAUCAUAAAAGUGAGUACGUUUUCUGAAAGUUUAGUGAUUGUAUCUUGAUUAAUGAUAAAGUUAUGGUUAGUUGAAAAGUCAAAAGACAAAGAGUUUGUUUUUGAUUAAAAAAUGGCGAUAUUCCUGUGCUCACUUGCUGGUAUUACCUUUAAAAAGUGCUAGUAAGACAAUUUUAAUUAUUUUUUAAAUUUCAGAUUCAUUACGAAAAGAAAGAGUACAAAAAAGCGAUCAAAGCCUACAAUGCAGUGAAGUGUCAAUUGGAAAAAGUCAAGGAUUAUGGGUCGAUGAAAGGCAUCUACAAAGACUGUUCCGAAGUCAUGAAUAAGAUUGAAAAGAGGCUUCGAGCCAAUUUUUCAUCGCCAAUAAUUGCAUCUGAAGAGUUUGUGGAAUCUGUCAGGCUACUUAAUGCACUAGGAGUACCAUUGCCGAGCUUGGAGCUUGAACUGGGGAAACAAUGGACCGAACAGCUGGAGAAGCAACUAAAAUCACUUGAAAUUGAGGCCAAUUUGGUUGGGGAUGAGAAGAAAAGAAGCUAUAAUGACAUCUUGGAGUUUGUCGAGAAAGGUGUUUGUCCAUUCUUGGCUGAUUUGUCACUAAUUGCGUCGCUACACACGGAGCUAUUCAACACGGUAAGGGUGGGGAUGUUGUUGUAGGAAAACGUUGAUCUUGGAAAUUUUUUUUUGAAAGAUGUGUUAAAGCAAGGUCUUUCGUUACAAAACAGAAAAUGGCAAGAACUUUUUUUACAAAACAGAAAAUGGCAAGAACUUUCUUUACAAAACAGAAAAUGGCAAGAACUUUCUUUACUGAACAUACAAUGGCACUAACUUCCUUUACAAACCCUUAUUUUCAGUCAGCCUGCUCAGCAUUCGUCCAAAUGCUCAAAGACAAUAUGCAGACUCUGAAAACAGUGUUGAUUACAAGAUUUGAGCAAGAAUCCAACCCACGCGAAUGUGCCUUAUAUGUCCGUGCAUUAGACAGGACUUAUCGAAAGAUCAGCGCUUGUUCCAAACUACUGCCACAUUUGGACUUUUCGAUUGAAAACACUUCAAUCGUCGUCGAUGCUGCACAUCACCAAAUCAAAAUAUGUCGAGGAGGUGUUUUACAAGCUGUUCAAACGGCUUUGGAUGAGGUAAGGGUUUUAUCUUUUUAUUUCUGAAAAAUUUGGACAGCGUAAAUGUAGGGUAGAGAUCUUUGUUUCUAAGGGUUUGGAAACCGGCUCGGUUCCUGCUCCGGAGCAGGAGCCGGAGCUAAAAUUUAAAAAAAAGGCGGAGUCGGAAUUUCUAAACUUUAGUAAGGAUUAAAGUGUCUCUUUUCGGUAUAAUAUGGUAGGGUAUGGUGAAGGUAUUGAAGGGGGGGGGGGAAUAGUAAUAUAAAUUGGUAAGCAGUACGGUAGGGGUAUAUUAUGGAGAAGUAGGGAAAGAUAGGACAAAGUAGGGUAAGGUAGGGUAGUGUAGGGUUGUAUAGAGUAGGGUACGGUAGAGUAAGGUAAGGUAAUGAAGGUAGUGUAGGGUAGGUUGAGGUACGGUAAGGUAGGGUAGGAUACGCAAUGGUUGGAUAAGAUAGGGGAAAAUAGGGUAGGAUAAAGUAGGUUAGGGUAAAGUAUUUAAAGUAGGGUGUGCUAGAUUAUGGUAUUGUAAGCUAGGGCAGGAAAAAGUAUGAAUAAAAUGAAUUGAGAAGAGGUGUAGACUGAAUUUUUUUGAAGAAAUAAAAACACAAAUUAUUGUUUAUGAUUACUAAAAUGCUAUUUUCAGGUAGUAAAUGAAAUAAAAACCAAGUCUCCAUCGAAUUCGUCAUCUUCAAGUCGUUUCGGCAACAACUUUUUGCAACCCUUACUCGGCAAACUGGAUCAGACCUUUUUGGUGUCAGUCAAGACAUCAUUGGCUAAUUUACUAUUGUUUACGGCUAGUGACAUUACUUUUUUGACUAGUGCUGAUUCUGGUAAGAGGUUUUUGACUUUUUUAAUGGGGGUGGUUUUUAAAAUAAAUUUUUUUUGAAUUAUGGUGUUCAAAUAAUUCUGAGCCUCUUCUCAAAUAAAAUUUUAAUAUGAAUUUUUUCAGCCCAUUCCUUCUCCUCAUUUGGUGUCGACGUCCACGAAAGUGUUGUAGUAGCCUCACUGAAAGACUUGGCCGGAUAUUCAACCAAAACCUCACCUAACCUAAUAUCUGAUGCCAAUUUAAUCCUCGGGGUGUUUUUACAUGGAAUAACAAAGAAGAAUCUGAAGUACUUGAUGGACUUGUGCCAAGAACAGUAUAAAAUUAGUGAAGAAAUUGCAGAAGCCUUAUUGACACGCCCUCCGGCUAUAGUUGAAAUUAUUGACGAAGCGGCUUUGAAAGUUUUGGCCAAAUUUGCGGAACAGAGCGGCCAAAACUUCUUUGAGGUAGGUUAACUAUAAGGCCUUGUUAUAUAUUUUAUAUAAGGGUUUUUGAACAUUGGGUUGAGGUGGUUUGAGAUUCGAGGUAUUUUAUUCAUCAUGAGCUUCUGCUAGGUAGUGAUGGACGAAAUUAAGUGUUUCUGGAAAUGUUUAUUAUCAAAUUGUGUGAUUUAUAACUCAAGUGAAAGCAUAAAGUCUGUGCUACAAGAUUGUGUUAGGUUUAAAAGAAAAAAAGAAAUAUAGGAUCUCACAAUUUUAUGUGCAAUUUCACCUAUUCCUAGUGUAAUAUAGACAAUUCUUGCAAAGAAAAAAAUUCUUUGAGCUGUUUGUGGUAUGUCGUUUUAUGAGCCGCUAAAAAUUUCGUAAGCUAAGCAUCAAACUUAAAACAAAAUUUUUUUAAGUAUGAGAAAAUUUGUUCACUGUGAGCUUCUAAAGAUUAGGUAGUGCAGGACAAAAUUAAGUGUAGUAGAAAAGGUUAUUACCAAAAUAUCUUAUAUGUAGCUUAAAUGAGCUAAAGUCUUAGCAACAAGAUAGUACUAAUUUCUCAAGAAAAAAGUUAUAUAGGAUAUUACAAUUUUGAGUUAAAUCCCACCUAUUUCCGAUGCUAAUUUAUAGGUUGUAUAAAAAGUGUUGAGCUAUUAGAUUUUUUUGCUCAAUAACAGCAAUUUAUUUAAAAAAAAAGUAAUUUUGGCACAAUGAGCCUAAAGUUUUUCAAGCUUUUUUGAUGCCGGUAAUUGAAAAUUCAGAACUUCUGGAGCCAAAGAUAGUUUUGGUGGCCUUUUUGAUAUUCUUAUAGAAAAGAUUUUUUCAAAUAAGAAAGAAAUAGUUUACGUGUAAUCUUAAGUUUGGUAUAAUGUGACAAGUAACUCUUUAUUUUCAGACCCUAAACGCAAAUUCAACCCAAUGGCCGACGAUAAAGGAAAGCCCAAAUCAAGUUCGAGAAGAGUGUAAAGCAUUGGUCAGAGAGGUUCAGGCUUUGGAUGAAAAUUUACAAGUUUUGGUAGGUUUAUAUUUUUAAAUUGUCAAAAUGUGACAUUUUUUUGGGAUUGUAAACCAUUUUAAUAAUUGCUAAAUUCCUGGCUAGCGAUGUAUGAUUAGACUUGUAAAAGGGCUGGACCCAAUUUUUCUGUCAGGAUGUUCAUACUUUUUAGCAUUUUGCUUUUUAGUCUACAAUCAAACCUUGUUUUCAGAUGGACGACAGCACGAAGAAAGAGCGAACUCCAGAUUCGAUGCGAAGCCUCAGCCAACGCCGACUUCAACCCAACGCUGACGCGUUGAGUGGUGCCCUGGAACGAAUGUGGGCGGACGCAGUGGAAGAGUUCGCCGCCCCAAAACUCGAUUUCAAACGAUACUCGAUCAUUGGUUGUGUAAUAGACAAGUGCCUGCGGCUCUUCUUGGAAUGGGUCCGCAAAAACAGCUUUAGCCGGUCCGGCGUCCAACAGAUCCAAGUCGACAGUUUCUACCUAAAACAAACGUUGUGGCGCUUUGUGUCAGAUGAAAUGGCCAUGAAUGUGCUGAUCGAUGAAGCCUUAACCGCUGCUGUGAAUUUGUGUGAAGAUCCAAAGCUUUUGGAACCGGCCAAUGUCAAGGAGAUCUGCAAUCGCGCUGUUUGA